GGCCGUGCGUGGACGCCGCCGGACCGCUGAGCCUGGAGGGACAGUGAGGCGCCGGCCGGCGUCGGGGUCCGUGCUCGGUGUCGGCUGGGAGCCGGCGGACCCGAGCGCGAUGGAGGCGGCGCGAGGGGGCGCGGAUUAGCCGGCGGACCCCCGGACUAGCACCUCCCCCGGCGCCCUGGCGCUCCGCGGGCGCGGGGCCGCGUGGGGUGGGGCCCCCGGCCCUGCCAUGGAGGUGCCAAACGUCAAGGACUUCCAGUGGAAGCGCCUGGCGCCACUGCCCAGCCGCCGGGUCUAUUGCUCCCUGCUGGAGACCGGGGGGCAGGUCUAUGCCAUCGGGGGAUGUGACGACAACGGUGUCCCCAUGGACUGCUUCGAGGUGUAUUCCCCCGAGGCCGACCAGUGGACUGCCCUGCCCCCCCUGCCCACAGCUCGGGCCGGGGUGGCCGUCACCGCCCUGGGCAAGCGGAUCAUGGUGAUCGGCGGUGUGGGCACCAAUCAGCUGCCCCUGAAGGUCGUGGAGAUGUACAGCAUCGAUGAGGGCAAGUGGAAGAAGAGGAGCGUGCUGCGUGAGGCUGCCAUGGGCAUUUCUGUCACGGCCAAAGAUUACCGAGUGUACGCAGCAGGCGGGAUGGGCCUGGACCUCCGCCCCCACAACCACCUCCAACACUAUGACAUGCUCAAGGACAUGUGGGUGUCACUAGCACCCAUGCCCACCCCGAGAUACGCUGCCACCUCUUUCCUCCGAGGCUCCAAGAUCUACGUGCUGGGGGGACGACAGUCCAAGUAUGCGGUCAAUGCCUUCGAGGUCUUUGACAUCGAGACUCGCUCCUGGACCAAGUUCCCCAGCAUUCCCUGUAAGCGGGCCUUCUCCAGCUUUGUGACCCUGGAUGACCGCUUGUACAGCCUGGGAGGACUGCGGCAGGGGCGGCUCUACCGGCAGCCCAAGUUCCUCCGGAGCAUGGACGUGUUCGACACAGAACAGGGGGGAUGGCUAAAGAUGGAGCGCUCGUUCUUCCUCAAGAAGCGGCGGGCAGACUUUGUGGCCGGCUCCCUGAGUGGACGGGUCAUAGUGGCUGGAGGACUCGGGAACCAGCCCACUGUCCUGGAGACGGCAGAGGCAUUCCAUCCAGGCAAGAACAAGUGGGAGGUCCUCCCCGCCAUGCCCACGCCCCGCUGUGCCUGCUCCAGCAUCGUCAUCAAGACCUGCCUCCUGGCCGUGGGGGGCGUCAAUCAGGGUCUGAGUGAUGCGGUGGAAGCGCUGUGUGUCUCUGACUCCUAGCCAAGGGCGCCCAACGCCUUUGCCCUGGACCGGAUCACUCCACUCUUGACAAGAGGAAUAGUCUCAUCAAAGCAGUUUGGGCUACUUCCCAGGUCCUGUCAGCAGCCAGUGAGGUCAGGCCCUGGGGCUGUAAGUGACCUCUGGCCACCUCCAAACCCUACCGAUCUUGGGAAACUAUAAGAAGUCCUGAUUAGUCCACAGCCCCAGGUUGGAGCUCAGCUGACCUCUGGGGAGAGUCCUCACCUGCUGCUCAGGCAGUGCCAUGUGCAGGUGUGCCUGCUGCCCCCUGAUAGCCUCUCCAUUCCCCAUCUCUAGAGGGGGAGGUAGGCAGGGCAGGCCUGACCCAGAGGAUGGCCACUAUCACUGUCCUUUCCCCAGCUCUGAGCUAGUUUGAGGGUCUCAUGGGAUGGAAAUUGGAGAAGGGUUGCAAACCCCUCUCCUCUGCCUCAGUCUACAUCCUUUCCCCAUUUGGCGGUCAGCUGUGGGCCCGCCCGAGACCUCAUCUACUCAGCGAGAACUGGCCCUGGAGCCAGACACAGCCGGAUUGGGAAGGAAGUCAGGUUCACGUGGACAGGCCCGGGUCAGCAGCCUUGGCCGGGAAGGACCCAUGCCUCUCAGGGUUCUUGAUGGGAAGGAGCAGGCUCCUCACUCUAUUUCUCUUUCUGCCCCCCCUCUCUACCAGAGGGCUGGCCCUUUGGUCACCCACAGCUCCAGAGUGUUUGUCUGAAGCCUGAUUCACACUGUGGCAUCAAAAUCCACAAAGGAUGGACUAAUUGCACUUGGGACAACAGCGGCAACUCAGUGAUUAAAAUCUACAUUCCUAUCUUCUCGGGCACUCUGGUGCAGGGGGUGGAUGUGUGUCUUGAUGGGUUGAGCGGACCCUAUGAAAGAGUCCCUCUGAUAUCCUCAGGCUAAACAGAGUCCCAUGUGGCCACCUAUUCUUGGCUGUUACCUCUGAGGAGGUUCCAUCUUCAAGCCACCACCCCAGCACCAGUCACUCCUAGAUGACAGUGUCUCUUCCUUCUCUUAAGUGUUAACACUCCAUGCAUGUGUUAAGAAAAGGCUGUGCUCA